AUGACCAAGCGUUUCACUAGUGUUCUCUCUCCUUCGGCCUUCAGAGCCUUGGUGCAAGCCUCUACCCCUGAAUCACGGGUGAUCCCCGUCGACGCCACCUGGUACAUGCCUAACAGUCCGUCCAACGGGUACACAGAGUUCCAGAACGCCAGACUUCCAGGCUCUGUGUUUUUUGACAUUGAAAAGGUCAAGGAUGCCGAGUCCCCGUAUCCCCACAUGUUGCCGUCGGCCGAGGCCUUCAGCCGCGCCAUCUCCGAAUUGGGCAUCAGGCGCACCGAUAAGUUGGUAUUCUAUGAUAAGACUGGGGUCUUUUCAUCUCCGCGUGCCGCCUGGACGUUUGGAUUGUUUGGACACCCGGAAAUCUACAUCUUGAACCACUGGCCGUUCUAUGGAAAGUCGGGUUUCCCCGUAGACACCAACGCCGUGCAGAACCCCUCGGCGCUCGCGCCAAGCUUGUACGAGGCCAGUAAUUUCAGCAAGGGCGUCAUUUCGUACGAGGAGUUGUUGGAAUUGGUGAAAUCCGGUAAGUUGGCCGAGUACCAGUUGAUUGAUGCACGUUCCGCCGACCGGUUCACCGCCAAGGCACCAGAGCCGCGUCCGGAAUUGCCUUCCGGACACGUUCCAGGCGCCAAGUCGCUUCCCUUCCAGAAGGUGUGGAGUGCGGACGGGAGGUUCUUGGAGAAGCCCGAGAUGGUGGCGGUUUUAGACCAGGCAGGCAUUGUGGCUAACCAGAAGACGAUUGUGAUGUGCGGUUCUGGUGUCACCGCAUGUGUAUUGAAGACGGCAUUGGAUAUUGCAGGGUAUGGAAAGGAUUCCUCGGGGGAUGAAAUUGUGGUUUAUGACGGGAGUUGGUCGGAGUGGGCUGCGAGGGCACCUAAGGAGUAUAUUGCCAAGGGCAGUGCCUAA